AAACUACAACUCCCAUGAUGCAGUUCACCCGGCAGGACGUCCGCAGCUAUGGUCCGCAAUAAAUCGACCCCGAAGCGAAGCGACCAGUAUUUAGGUGUAAAUAAACACUGUUCUCCGGCUAUGGACGGUAAUGCUGUGAAGGCGAUACUGUUUGACUUGGACAACACGCUCAUAAGAACAAAACAAGCAGGUAGAGAGGCGAUAAGAAAGACCACUGAACUUUUGAAGACCACGCUGGCCCUUGAUGAAAACACCAUCAGCACCAUUUGUGACAAGUUCAAGCAGAAGCUUUUGCAUGAGAGCUUCGACCCCUCGGCUGGCAGAUCCAUUGAUGAGGUUCGUGUGGGUCACUGGCAGGAGAGCAUCCAGGAGGCUGUGGGCAGUCGUUCCACAUCCUCAUUAGCAGCUAAGUGCUACUACAUGUGGAAAAACAGUCGCCUGGAGGUUCUCAGUCUGUCCCCUGAAAUAAGCAACCUCCUGAAACAACUGCGCAGCAGAUACAAGCUGCUGCUGCUGACCAACGGGGAAGCUCAGACUCAGAGAGAGAAAGUGAAGGCAGUCGGAUGUGAGGAGUUCUUCGAUGCCAUUGUGAUCGGGGGAGAACAUGCAGAGCAGAAACCAUUCAUCUCCAUCUUCAAAUUUUGUUUUAACAAGCUGGAGCUGGAGGCCCAGGAUUGUGUUAUAGUGGGAGACUCUCUGGACACAGAUAUUCAGGGGGGCUUUAAUGCCAAAGUACGAGCUACAGUUUGGAUCAGCAGUGCAGGAGGUGCUGUGCCAGAUGGUUCAGUGAAACCAGACUACACUAUCCCUACUGUGCUGGACCUGCCAGGUAUUCUACAGCAACUGAAAUAAGGACAACUGGUAACUGAAACCAUGUGGGAAACAAGUGAAUGGGGAGGACCGUCCCUUUAAGUUGGAUUUGUAAUCAUAGAUAUGUUAAAAGAUGGAUGUCAUGAUCAAUUUUCAACGAGGGUAGUUUUUACUUGUAGUAUACAUAUUUCUAUUCUACUCCACUACAUUUCAGAAGGAAGCAGUUGUUUUCAUUCCACUACAUUUGUCUGACAGCUAUAGUUACUGUUCAGUUUAAAAAUGUACAUUAAAAUAAACAUGUGAUUUAUCAAAUACAAUAGAUUGUUAAAGAUUAAGCCAGUGGUUACUAACCUUUUGAAACAUAAAAAAUAAAUUCUACUUAUGUCUUGAUAGAUCAACAAUCUAAUAAUGUUGUAUAUUGUCACAGGGACCAUUUUCCUGCAGAAUGAGUACUUUUACUUUUAAAUACAUUUUGCUGAUUCUUUUCUUUAACUUGGAUCUGAUUUUAAAGCAUGAUUAUUAUUUGUAAUAAAUGGAGUGUGGAGUUGGUACUUACACUGAAUUCUUGGUACAGCAUCAUUUUUAUUCAACACUCAGUAUGACUGUACAAAAAUACCUUUGGGUUAUUUUUACAUACCAUAACAGAUAUCAACACAUCUGCUGCUACUCUGUCAUUUCCUCAAAGUCUUGACUAAUAAAACAUUUUUGACAAAGGAGAUAAAA